AAUGUCCAUUUUCUGCCCACCCUGCAGUUUCUAUACACCUUGAGCAGUAAGAAAAAAAAUAACACCAACGAAAACGUUCUUUUCUACAAUCCUCCGAAAUUACGACAAAUCGAUCGAAAAACAAAAAGCCCCAUACACGAACGUGCUGAAAACGAGUGUAGGCUAACCAAGUGCACAAUAUGUACAUGGAAAACUGAUCCGAAAUUGAAUAGUGCCGCUAUUGUUGGCUCCUAACUGCUGCCAGCUUGCACAGCUGUAGCAAUAAUGGAUGGCUCAAGACUGCAGUGAUGUCGUGCGGAUCUAUUUGGUCAAUUACUGCGAAACAUAGUUCUACCCAGGCCCGAUUCCGCUCGAUCCUACCAAAUAAGUGCUCCUUUAUCGAAAUUUAUUUAGCAUUGGUUUGUCAACAAAAAAAAAGAAACCCGCCUGAAGUGGGCCAACCAACGCAAAAGUGAAAUAGUUAAAUGCUUGUGUGUGUGUUUUUUUUAUGUUUUAAUCAGUGAGUGCAAAUAGUACGUCAUAGCUCAAAAUGUCCGUGGUUCGAACGAAGGUCCUCGGACUGGUGGACGUAAUUAUGCGCGUCCCCAGCCUGUUUAUCAUCGACGAAAUCCUCAAAAUGGGUAUGGGCGUGCCGAUAGCUCAGCCCAUGGGCCAGGUGCCGAAUAGUACCGCCAUCAAUCUGGAUCCUCCCGUAGCCGCAAUGCUCCCGGAAGAUGAUCGAGGGAUGCAGGACAGCAUCGAGGUGUACAAAUUCAUUUCGUUCGCAGUGUUCAAGUUUCUCUUCUGUCUGUUCGGUGCCAUCAGUGCAGCUUGUGUAUUCAUGCUAUGGACCCGGCAUUUAGUCAUCGUGUACAUGUACAUCGUAUCGGUGGGAUUGAUUUUCUUAUCCUAUUGGAGCAAUGUGUCCGCCCUGUCGGUAAUAUCUGACAGUCCCAGCCUGUUGGAGGAUGUUCUGUCGCUCAAUAUGGACCGCUUGCUUGAUCCUGGAGGUGUUCUGAUCUCAAUACUGCCACAUCUGCUUGCCCAAUGGUUGAUGGGUGUCAUCUUUGCCUAUAUUCAUUUAGGACCACGGCACAAAAUCAUUCAAAAGGCGCUUCCGUUCAGUUUCUUAAUGCCACUGCUGCUUGCGAUGCUGCCACUGCCGUCGAUAGUCCUUAAACAUUCCCCCGCUUUUGCCGCCAUCCUGCCUCUUGUGCUAUCGAAGAUCGCACUCUGGAGCUCCUCAUUUGAUGUAGUGAAAACGAUCCUCAGUGGGUAUCAGCACGCCCGCAACUUUGCCAGCAAUUUCGGCAUUGCGACAUUGAUCGAGAACGAAUGGCAGCGCUUGAACGUACCGUGUGUGCUGCGCGUGUUUUGGACGAUACGGCUAACGGAGCAUCUCAUCAGCUUGCUUAUGUCGUCGGAGGCUCCACUACGCUUUGCUGCCACGGUGCAAAGUGUGCUGGUCAGUGGGUGCGAAACCCUAACAGCCGUUCUCGGCAUGACCAGCAUCAUUUCCUUGAUAUGCCACUACAUUGGCAAGAUGUUUCAGCUGUUUCUCCUUUCCGAGGACUAUGAUGAGGAUAAAUCGAUCGGUACGGUGUCGGCGAUACUUUUCUACAUUUUGGCCCUACAAACAGGGCUUACAUCGCUCUCACCGGACAAACGCAUUAUACGAUUGUGUCGCAAUAUGUGCCUGCUAGUGACGGCUUUGUUGCACUUUUUGCACAACAUUGUUGCACCCAUACUAAUGUCACUGAGUGCUGCCCGCAAUCCAUCACGCAAGCGUCACGCACGGGCAUUAAUAGUGUGUGCUUUCCUUCUUAUUGCGCCCGGAUCAUUGCUGGCCGUACUCUGGGCCAGCCACUCACCCUCCACGUGGUUGUUAGCCGUGACUGCUUUCUCAGUUGAAGUGAUUGUGAAGGUUCUCGUCAGUUUGGCAACGUACACGCUUUUCCUGCUUGAUGCCCGGCGUCAAACAUUCUGGGAGAAGCUGGAUGAUUACGUUUACUACAUACGUGCGUUUGGAAAUUCUGUCGAAUUCUGCUUCGGAAUAUUUCUCUUUUUCAAUGGAGCCUGGAUAUUGAUUUUCGAAUCCGAACUGAUUCCUAUAGGCGGUGCCAUACGCGCACUAAUGAUGGGUAUCCAUGCGUACUUCAACAUCUGGUGUGAGGCUCGUGCCGGCUGGGUAGUGUUUAUGAAGCGUCGGACAGCGGUACACAAAAUAUCAUCCCUACCGGAAGCCACUACCGUUCAACUGCAUCAAUUUGAUGACGUAUGCGCUAUUUGUUAUCAGGAUAUGACAUCGGCCAAAAUCACUCGAUGCAAUCACUACUUUCAUGGUGUUUGUCUACGGAAGUGGUUGUACGUUCAGGAUCGUUGCCCACUGUGUCACGAGAUUAUCAUGAACCAGGAUGGCAAUCCGGGGGAAGACACAAUAGAGGAACAAGCGAACAAUUUUGAUAAUGCGCGAGCGGAUUCACGUGUUGGUAGACCCGGGAAUGAAACUGCAAACCGUCAACAAAAUGUUGCCCACGGUGGCAUCUUGCACAAUGCCGAUCAAGCAGAUGCGCUCAAUCAACCGUUAUUCGAUGAUACGUUUUUGGAGGAGCAAAUAACCAAUCAUAAUCGAUCAAGUGCCACUAGAUCACUAGGUGAAAAUACAAUCGACUUACACGAUGCACAAAUGGCAGCAUCGAUAAGAUCCACCCUCCAGGAACCGGUUCCUGAACAUCUGCGUUUCGUCAGGUCUCUUGGUGGCAUUGCGAAUGUACAAGCAGCAAAUGCAACUGAACUGAGACAAUCCGAGAGCGAUUUACUAAUGCCACUGGUAGAGAAUGAAGUUCAGCUCGUUACGACCGAGGGUGUACAUGCUAGCGACAGUGGGAGCAGCUACGCUAGCACAUCGGAAAGCAUCAGUAGCAAUAUGGAAGAUACCGGUGGUAGCAGCAGUAGCAGCACCGGAAGUGGCACACUGUCAGGACUGUCAAACAGUUCACUAGUGUCCGCUGCUGCUAUUUCAUUUAACCUACGAAGGCACCACGUUCUUUUACAGCAACAGCAACAGCAGCCAAACGCACCAAGAGAAUAACAACCAAAACAGAUAAUUGCACACAUGGCAUAGAUCAUGUUCGGCAUAGCAAAGUUGAAUGCAUCACGCGCACAAACGCUGGCAAAAAUACAUACGAAACGAAACUCGUCUCGUCCAGCAUCCCAUAACCGAGCCUAAGACGCUUGCCAAAACCGCCUAGGGGUGAGAGUGUUGCAACCGGUUCAAACCGAUACGCAAGUAUUUAUUUAGCCAACAAAACGCAAAAUGUACGACGACUAUCCGUGAUGCAAAUUUAAGGACUGAACGAGAAAAGACGGUGUAAGGACACUUAUCGGGUAAGCGGUUGUGUGUACAUUUCUAGUAAUUGAUGGUAAACGAAACACAGAAAAAAAAUGUAGCGUGUAUAUUUAUAUUAACUUGUUUAUAAUGAACCGGAACAUAAGGGCUUAAAAUUGGGGUGAGCCAGAAAAAAAGAGCGAUCAUCGUGAACGUGCGUUGAUGAUCAUGAUAGUCUUUCUAGGCUCACCUGAUGGAUAGUGGGGGAAGGGUUUUUGGGAACGGGUGGUAUUCGAUUGAAUCACACUAACGAAAGGAAAAAGUGUACUAACUGCUUCUUUCGUACACAAUCUGUGACAAAUGAAACGCGAACAGAAACACAGGGAUUGUUAGGUGUACUGGAAUUACGUCCCAUACGCAAAUAGUAGAAGAUCUGCAAAUUUGGCAACAACAAACCAUCUUUUUACAGGUUCAUGCUGAGUAUCUAAACUGAUCACACUUUUCGUUGUGAAUCGGCUUUAUGCUAGUUAAGGGUUACGUUUUAUUUUUCUACCUCUCUUCUUCUUCUUGCCCAAAGUAAAUCGUGCAAUAAUUACACAUUGUCUCGAAUCGAGCACAAAUAACAGGCGAAACCGUUGGUGGCAACGAUCGUUAAGAUGCACCAUCGGCGUUGGCUAAUUUACGUUCCGUUGUUUCAUUACCGUCCAAGAAUUGGUAGUUGAACGAGUUGUGUCCUAAAGCUCUAGACGUACUUUAUCGUACGCCGCAUUCGUCCUAACUAUCGUAUCGUCGAAAGUGAAAUACCAUGCGGGCUGAGAAAUAGAUGAGUUAAAUGUACGGAAUAACAAAAAAAAAGAAACGGAAAAGAUUGAAUUGCAAAUUAAAAUGAUCAAUUAACCGAUUUCUCGUUGUUUAAUCGCUAUUGCAUAAAAUGGUACACACAAUACACCUUCCUCUGUCUGGUAUGAAUAGCGGAAAUAUUACAUACAGAUCAGAAUGCACAAAGCUGUAAAUUUACUUCCUGCAGCAAACAACAAACAAAAAAUCGAUGGCAACUGUAUAGCAAGUAAACUAACGCUUAUGGCACAAAGGUACAGGAUCUUUUUUUUUUCUUUGUAAACUAUAUUUCACCUGGUGAAUUUUAUCACUUCACUCUACUGAUAAGGUGAUGUUUUACAUGUUGCGUGGACGACAUUUUGCUGCUUCGAAUGAUCUUUCUGUAUUGCGUUGAUUUUGAUCGCUAAAUAUUUUAACACUUUUACUAUCAGCAGUGUGUGUCCAAUUUCAUUCUUUAAGAAGCAAUUCUGGGCAUAUGUAUAUAUACAUAUAGUUGUGGUCUUGAAAAAGAUAACCCAAAUAAAAAUGACCAGACAUAAAAACAGAAAUUCAGCUGUGAGAUAAUAAACAAAGUAGCAAAAACUGUUGUAGGUAUAUUCCUAAAAAAAAUGCAUUUUUUCAACAACGCUUCAAUGUUCAAUGAACAUCCGAAAAAAUAACAAUCCCCGGGACUGUUUGGUACACAUUUAUACGACGCGUCCCAAAAACAAUUCUUUUUAAAAACUAUUUUCUCUUAUCAACUCAAGGUGUCGUGCAAAAAGCAUCUAACGAGCGGAGAACUGCAACAGUAUCUGAUCGCCGCUCUUGAACUACUUUUAUUUCGUGACUUUAAUGCUUCUUCUUCUGUCUAUUUCAUUUGCAAUUUUACGUUGCCUCUCACACUGGAAAAUAAAAACCAAAUCAACAUCCAA